GAUCGCGGAUAUUAGAAGAGAAAGACACAAUAUAUAAGAGUUAAAGGAAGAGGAGGAGGUGAAGCAGACACACUACUGAGACAGAGAUGGCUCAGAUCACCAAUCAUGGUAAGCUGCUCCUGCAGCGCUUACAUCAGCAGCGAGAGAUGGACUUCUUGUGCGAUAUAACCAUAAUGGUGCGAGACGUGGAGUUCAGAGCCCACCGCAACAUCCUGGCAGCGUUCAGCAAGUACUUCUCCUCCCAGGCCGAGAAGGGUCAAGACGUCACGACCUUGGACCCCGAUAAGGUCAGCCGUUACGCUCUGGAGAAGCUUCUGGAGUUUAUCUACACUGGACAGAUGAACCUCAGCAGCACCAGACAAGCAGCGGUGCGUCGAGCGGCUGUGUUCCUGGGAAUAUCUGAGGCCAUGAAGUAUCUGGUUGAAACCCCCCACUGGUCCGAGCUGAGCGAAACGUCCCAGUCAGAGAUGGAUAAAGAAGCUGGUCUCUCUCCUCCCAGUCCGGCCUCUCACAGCUCCCCCAGCUCACCACUUCCCCUGUCUAUCAUCUCCGUUGUGGGGGACUGUCAGGAGGAGGGGAUAGCUGGCGGAAAGCAGGCCGAUGAGGCCAACGAUGUAGACAUGGAGGAGGGAGAAAGGAGUGAUGCCGAGUACACCCCUACUACGCCGAAGAGCGUUGGGAGAGGGCAGGGACGGAAGAGGGGCAGAAAGCCGAAGAGUGUUAGUGUCGAACAGGUGGAGGCGAGCAGCUCGGUUGAGGGCACGCCCAAAACUCAGGGCUACAGGGGGAGGGGGAGAGGCCGAGGCCGAGGCCGAGGGAGAGGCCGAGGAAGAGGCAGGGGGAGAGGCAGAGGUGCAAUUAAAAGUGAAGAUCUUUCUAUUGAAGAUUCUGACGGGAGCGUGAAGGAUUUCGGGGACUUCUCUGAAGACUGGAGCCCCUCUCAGGACGACGACACUCCGCCCAAGAAGCCUCGACUGAGCAGCGUAGAGGGGCGGCGAGGGCGAGGCCGGCCGAGGGGCCGAGGCAGAGGGAGAGGCAGGGGGCGAGGCAGGAGGAAGACCGUGGUGGAGGAGGAGGAGGAAGAAGAAGAAGAAGAAGAUGAUGAAGAAGAAGAAGAAGAAGGGGAGAGCGGCGGGGCGGGGACAGAUUACGAGGGGGAGGAGGGGGAGGUUGAGGCCGGGGAGCAGGAUCCGUCGGAGAUGGACGAGCUGUCACUGUCGUGCACCGAGUGCAACAAACUGUUUAAAGACGUGAGCAGCCUGCGCCGACACGAGAAGAUCCACGAGGGCCUGAAGCCGUUCGUCUGCAUCUUCUGCUCCAAAAACUUCAGACAAGCUACCCAGCUGAAGACACACCUGCGCAUACACACAGGCGAGAAGCCGUUUAAUUGCUCCGAAUGUGACAAGUGUUUUGCUCAGAAGUGUCAGCUGGUGGCUCACCGCCGGAUGCACCACGGAGAGGAGAAGCCCUACACCUGCGAGCGCUGCGGCUUCAAGUUCGCUACCUCGUCCAACUACAAAAUACACAUCAGACUUCACAGCGGGGAAAAACCGUACGUCUGUGACAUCUGCGGUCAGGCGUUCGCUCAGUCCAGCACGUUGACCUACCACAAGCGACGCCACACCGGAGAGAAACCGUACCAGUGUGAUCUGUGCGGCAUGUCGUUCUCCGUCUCUUCGUCUCUUAUCGCUCACGCACGGAAACACACAGGCGAGACUCCGUACAAAUGUGCACAGACGCAAUGUGACGCAAGCUUUGUGACGUCUUCCGAACUGAAGAAACACAUGAGGCGACUUCACCCAGAGGGGAACAACGGCGUGCAGUGUCUGCUGUGUGGAAACCGGUUCGCCAGCGUAAAGAACAUGAUCAAACACCAGGAGAAGGCUCACGCUGAUGAAGUGCGGCAACACAAGGAGAGAGCCAGAGCAGUCGUGCUCCUGGCGUCCAGUCAUCCCGUGGCGUUUGUCCAGGGCAAACUCACCCAGGAAAACAAAGGCAUGGCUUCUAUCCCGGAAGGCGGCGAGCCGGCCAACCCCGAACCAACCACGCCCAACCCCAAAGACCCCACGCCAGAGGCAACCGCCGCCACUGAUGACUCCGCUACCACCACCGCCAUCAUUCAGGACUUCAAGGCGGAGCCCGCGCACUCCGACAUCAGCGCAGCCGGCGGCGACCAGGUGACCUUCGAACCCGACCCGGAGCAGACUAUCAACUCGGACACCCUCCACGCUCUGGUGGAGCAGCUGCGGCCGCCGCCCUCCCCCGCCCAGAGCCUGGAGCAGAUCGUCAUCAUCAGGACGGUGGACAACGGCGAACACAACGCUCCUCAGCAGUGAGGCCUCGCCACUCUGGUGGAACAGUUUCACUUUUUAACGUACAAGCUACAGUCAGCCACUGUUAGGAUCAGAUUCAGGACAUUUGGUCAUCUGCAAGUGAAAGAUGAUUUUAUUUUCUUACAACUUGGGUCUUAAUUUCAUAGUUUUGUCCGUUAUAUUUAUAUCAGUAAUAAUAGCACCGUACUUACAUGCUUACAAGACAACAAACCUCCAAGUUAGAUAACUUUAUUCUGGAGGAGAAAACGAAGGUGAAAGGUAAAAUUAUCACCCACAUUGUCCACCGUAAACAUCCGUCAUGCACACUCUUUUCCUGUGCAAUGACCGGAUUACAGAGAGGUGAAGUCCCGCCCCUUCCUGUGGACCACUGUGGGACCUUAUGUAGGAAAUAAAUAUGUCAACGGCGAGAGACAAAUAUAUUUUUCCUC